AUGGAUAUAAGAAUAAUUUAUGUUUUAACAAAGCCUCGUAAACAUAAACAUAAGUCUAGAAGCAAAGAUGAUCAAAUAAAAUUACUUAUAUUUCUUGGUUCUGGUGGCCAUACUGCAGAAAUGAUAAGAUUAUUAAAAAAAGUUGAUUUUUUAAGAUAUAGUAAAAGAACAUAUGUUAUUUCUGCAGGAGAUUUUUUAAGCAAAGGGAAAGUUAGAAAGCUAGAAAUAGAAAAAACAAAUUCUAGUGGAUACGCAGGAAAAUACUAUAUAGAAAAUGUUCCACGAGCACGUUAUGUUAAUCAAGUAUAUUAUACCACUGCAUUUUCUUCAAUACUAUGUCUGAUAUCAUGUUUGAAAAUACUUUUAUGGAAUAAAUUAGGAAGACCAGAUGCCCUUCUAUGUAAUGGCCCCGGAAGCAGUGUAAUGAUGUGCCUGGCUGCUAUAAUUACUGAAAUAUUUGGGCUUAAUCGUCCAGAUAUUAUAUUUAUAGAAUCAUUCGCUCGUGUAAAAUCUUUAUCGCUUUCUGGAAGAAUACUAUUAUAUCUUGUUGAUCGAUUUAUUGUUCAGUGGCCAGAUUUAAUAAAAAAAUCCUCAAAAAUAGAAUAUUAUGGUAUUUUGAUAUAA